CCCUGUGCCGGGUGUAGCGUGGACGUCGAAGUUGCCGCCGCUGAAGCUGACGCGGGGGACGAUCCGUUCUGCGUGCGCUGUCACCGGGGAGAAGACACGUGACCUAGCAGAGACAUCACUGCGCAACCGAAGCUGGCGGCAGGGACUGUGCCACCACUGGAAAUGUCCUGCUGAGACUGUGCCCGGAGUGCGUCCAGUCUGGUUAAGCUUGACUAUGGAACAGCAGCUGUUUAUGCAGUGCUCUCCGCGGGACCCUUUAGUGCUGUCCGAUGCUGCACUGGCUUUUACGUCUGGUUAGGAUGGUUCUGCAGCAAGUAACCCGCAACAUGGAAUCGGCACUUUGGUCUGGAAAAUCAUAUGGAUCAUCUCGGAGUAUAGUCCGAAAAAUUGGAUCCAAUCUCUCCAUCAUACAGUCACCGAGAGUUCACUUCCAGCUCAUUCCGUAUCCUGUAGCACUAAAUGGCAGCAGUCCAAAUGGAGCCGUAGCGUCCUUUGCCGAUGUGGGAUGGCUCGCAGACGACGAGGGAGAAGCCUUUGCGAGACUGAGGACGCAGAAUAAUUUGAAGCAUCACCUCUCACUGGAGGACGACGUCGCUCUCUUUGACAGACCGAUACGCAGACAAGUAUCUUUGCCUGUGCUGUUGAAGGAAGAACCAGAGGUCAAACCCCAGCCAGUGGCCAAUGAAGCUCUGCAGAAGAUCAGUGCUCUGGAAAGUGAACUUGCCAACUUAAGAGCCCAGAUAGCCAAGAUUGUUACCAUCCAGGAGCAGCAAAAUGUGGCAGCAGUGUCUAGUCCUCCAGCUGUGGUUGUUCCCGGAGCACCUCCUGCGUGUGCACCGCCACCUCCACCCCCGCCUCCACCACCACCUCCUCUCUCUGCUCUUCAUCGGAGUAUCUCCGCUCUUGAUCUCAUUAAAGAGAGAAAAGGAAAGCGAGGCAGUUCAGAAACCACAGUGAUUGACAGCACGCCAAAGAAGCCUGAAAUCCCAAGCAUGUUGGAUGUCCUUAAAGACAUGAACAGAGUAAAGUUGCGCUCAGUGAAAAGUUUAGACUACUUUUCUCUUGCUGUUGCAUCAAUGGCACACUGCUGGAUGCCCAGGACUGAAGGAACCUAAACCCAGCGAUCCUUUUGAUCCUGCCACUCUCAUUGCAGAAGCUUUAAAAAAGAAGUUUGCCUACAGAUAUAGAAGUGACAGUCAUGGGGAAUCGGACAAAAAAAGUCUUCCUAAAGUGGAGCACAAAAAGGUCACAGAAACUCCACUGUUUGGACCUCACUAUGCUGAAAUCAACAGGGAAAAUGAAGAGCCUUAUUGAGUCUUCAAAUUCAUGACACCGCAGAUUUGGGGCUCUUCUAGUUCACAAUUGACUCUUCUAACCAGGGCUGUCAGUAUUUAUAGUGAUGGUGGAAGUGCAAUGGGUUAUUGCCCGAAGGGACCCUGUGAACUGCUCACAAUCUGAUGGAACACUAAGUCUUGCAAGAUAGAAUUGUAGUACAUAGUAACUACAUGAUGGAGUACUAGCAAUGUAUUUAUAAAGGUUUUGGUACUAUGGCUUGAGAACGAGAGUCAUACUGUAUAUUGCUGCUGGUCUGUUGUAGACGGGUCUCCCACCCUUCACUUCAAAGAGGCACUUUAUAUAAUGGGUAGGUAAUCCAGUCUGCUGAUAUGUCAUAGGUCACAUUGGCUCACCACAGAUUUUUCUGGUUCAUUACUGGAAAUCUGAUGCAAGCAUCAUUAAUGUGGUCCUUUUUAUGUCUGAUUUCCAGUAACAGAAGUCUCGGAGCAGUGCCAACUGGGGUGUAUAACGCAUUCUGUAGAGCCCUUACCUUCUGGAAAUCACUGUAAUCUGACUAAUGUGAUCUAAUACAUGUGACACAUUAGAAGAUCAUUUUGUAUGGAUUUCCCUUUGAAGUGUUUCCCAGUAACUGUAUUUAACUGGUUACCAGGAUCUUUAGAUGUCGCUCUGGAACUGGUUAGUAAUUUUUUUUCCUAUUAAAGGUGUUCUCCAGGAUUUACAUAUUGAUGCCCUCAGGGCUGUGGAGUCACGACUCCCACUCCCUCAUACAUGGUGCAUGUUUAAGCGAUAACUUAAUUUAAACUUUUUUGUGUUUCUGAAUUUGAGAUGUUAGAAAGCAGUUUUCCCCCUUAUAUUCUAUGUAUAGCAUAUAAAAGCCAUUAGAGCAGCUAACCUCUCCAAACAUGAGCUCAGAGGAGCAAACUAAAACAUAAAGCAUAGAUAGAACAUGCACUGGACAAUUGAUUUAUGCACAGUUUAUUGAAAGUUUAGAUAUACUAAGAAGUACUUGCCUUAAAGGGGUUUUCUCAUUGGCUGACAGGCAGUUUGCACUCACUGUCUCCUCCGGCUGUGGGGGGACAGGGGGGGGGGGGGGGGUCUCCAGCAGUUAUUAGCAUAAAUUAACUUGCACAAUUACAGGUAUAGCCAUGCUUCUCAGUCCUCACAACACUUGGACCCUUUGCUUACUGCAGGUAAUCUUGCUAAACCUUCUAAAUUCACUCAGAGCUCAGUCCCAUCGUUCUGCGGGGGCGAGGUCACUCCUGCUCUCAGCUAAUCAGAUAUGCAGGUUACUAUAGAAACCUGUGUGCAGUGAGAGACCUGCUGAACUGUCUAGACUCUAUAGUUUAUGACUAGUGUUGAGCGAACUUCUAUUUUAAGUUCGGCGUCUAAAGUU